AUGACUCUUCUAACUGCUGCAUCUCUCAUGUUGUUGAUCAUGAUUUCAUCACUACUGGUGUGCAUGAGUAUGACUGCAAGUGUUCAUUCUCUCCGUAUCAUGCAACCAAUCAACAACAACAGUGAUCCUUAUUGUUGUCUUCCGAACGUGUGCAGUAUGACCUCAUCCAGCUCCUUCAUUCGUUUGAGUUCAUCAUCCUCUUCCAUAUUGAUGAAAACCAUCAAGGAAUUUUAUGAUUUUACCAAUCAACGUAAACGAUCCGAAGAGUUUAUGAAUAUUACCGUUGAAGAAGAUCGUAUUAAAAAAAGCGAUCAAGUCGUAAUCUCAAGUAUUACCUUACUCGUGAAGGACACAUUUUUUGAUUAUACCUACUUGUUGGGAAAUUCUACUAGUAGCCCGUCGUCCAAAGAAUGCCAUUGUCGAAGAACACCCAAUAACAGAAAAUUAGAACAAUGUUUUGGAAUGCCUGGUUUCAAAAUUGAAAAAACGAAAAUUCUUAAUUUGGAUGCCACCAAGUUGUCAUUGGGAGAACCACAGAGUGGAUUCUAUUAUGAAGACUGGGUAGUUCAGGAAGGAAGUCAAGGAUCUGACUCCACACAAUGUUGGCAUUUGAGUCGAAUGCAAGUAGAUCCCAAUUCUGUUCAAAAGUAUGACUAUUAUGACAUGAGUGAAAAGCUCGAUUCAAAAUUGUUUGAAAUACCAUCGUGGUGUCCACCAAAAGAGAAUUGUCAGAUUUUUAAUUGA